AUGCGAAGGCCGAUUUUUGAGACGUACCUACACAUUUUUGCCGACGCUAGCGAAUCGGCAUACGGAGCAGUAGCGUACGCUUCCAUGUUUGACUCGAAGGGCGAAGCUUGUAGUGCAAUCCUGUUUGCGAAGACGAGGGUUGCGCCAAUCAAAACAAUAACCCUGGCUCGACUUGAGUUGAUGUCUGCUCUGCUGGCAGCACGCAUUUACCGUUACCUUUCAAGCAACUCUGACCUACAUUUCAAGAAGGUAACAAUUUGGUCCGACUCACAAAUUACGCUCUGCUGGAUUCGGAAGGAACCAACGGCAUGGAAGACAUUCGUCAGAAAUCGGGUGGCUGAAAUCCAAAAACUUACAGAUCUCUCGUUUUGGCGUUUCUGCCCAGGCAAGGAAAAUCCCGCAGACUUAUUGACAAGAGGUAUAUCAGCUGAGAAACUACAUCAGACAGAACUGUGGUGGCAUGGACCAAAAUGGAUGACCGAUCCCUCAAGAUGGCCAGAAGACUCUUGUCAAGACAUGCGAGGAGAAGUACCAGAAUGUGCUUCCACAACUAUGACUCAUGCUGUCAGCGCGAAACCACCAUUAGAACGACUAAUUGACACGGAGCGGUUCAGCUCCCGCGUCAAACUUCUGCGAGUCACAGCGUGGGUGUUGAGAUACACGAAGAAGCUUAAAAGAGUGCCCAUAUCAUCACAGGAGCUUCUGACAGAAGAACUACAAGAAGCUGAAAUGUAUCUGAUACGGGCCGAGCAAAAGAUACACUUUCGCGAUGAAAUGACGCACCUUUCGGAAAAUAAGCCUGUUAAAUCGCUAAGCCAAGUUAGACAUCUACGGCUUCUAUUGGACAAUGGUGGACUGAUUCGUGUACAAGGUCGUGCUCUCAGCCAGAGCGAGAACUACGGAGCUCAGAAUCUGAUCCUUUUACCAAGAGACAGUUAUUUCACAACGCUGAUUAUCCGACAAGCCCAUACGAAGGUUCUUCAUUGUGGCGUGCGAGAUACGCUUAUACAGAUUCGUGAACGAUUUUGGGUUCCACAGGCCAGACAACUAGUCAAGAAAGUCAUACGCCAAUGCCUGGUGUGUCAGCGAAUGCAAGCAAAGCCAGUUCAGCAAGAAACACCUUCUUUACCAAGUGACAGAUGUACGAAGGCCGAACCUUUUCUCGUAACAGGAAUUGACUUUGCUGGACCAUUAUACGUCUGA